AUGGACGCCGAGCACAGCGAGGCGGUCAGGCGCAUCGCCGAGACCGUCAGGGACCUGCACUCACGCGGGGAGCCCUUCCGCAUCUUCCACGGCUCCACCAGCAGCACCCGGCCGCCCCACGGCCAGCGCGUCGUCGACAUCAGCGCCCUCCGCCGCGUGCUCCGGGUCGACGCCGCCGCCGCCGUCGCCGUCGUCGAGCCCGGCGUGCCCAUGGACGAGCUCGUCGAUGCCGCCUCCGCCUGCGGCCUCGUGCCCCCUGUCGUCAUGGAGUUCCCCGGCAUCACCGUCGGCGGCGGCUUCGCCGGUUCCGCCGGCGAGAGCAGCUCCUUCCGCCACGGCUACUUCGACGAGACGGUCCGCGCCGUCGAGCUCGUCCUCGCCAACGGCGACGUCAACCCGGACCUCUUCCGCGGCGCCGCCGGCGCCCUCGGCACCCUUGGCGUCGUCACGAGGCUCGAGGUCCGCCUCGUCCCGGCCAGGCGCUACGUCAAGGUCAGCUACCACUCGUACUCGACCGUGCCCGAGGCCGUCGCCGCCGUCCGCCGCGAGACGGGCCUCGCCCACAACGACUACGUCGAGGCCUUCGUCUUCUCCCGCACCAGCGCCGCCGUCGUCACCGGCCACCUGACGGACGACCUGCCCGACAAGGGCCGGCCGCAGACCUUCAGCCGGGCCAAGGACCCCUGGUUCUACCUGCACGCCCGCAAGCGCAUCCGCAACGGCACCCCGACCCCGGACUACGUGCCGCUGCGCGACUACCUCUUCCGCCACGACCGCGGCGCCUUCUGGAUGGGCGAGCUGGCCUUCAAGUACUUCGGCCUCGUCCCCUUCAACCGCCUCACCCGCCGCGCCGUCAACGGGCUCAUGGACACCCGCACCCUCUAUAAGGCCGGCCUCGGCUGCGGCGGCCGCAUGACCUUCCGGUACCUCGUUCACGACCUCGCCCUGCCCUACACGACGGUCGGGGACUUUAUCGACUACGUCGCCGACGAGCUCGACAUCUGGCCGCUCUGGCUGUGCCCGCUGCGAGCCACCGCCGCCCCGACCUUCCACCCCUGCACGACGGAGCCCGGCGGCGGCGGCGGGGGUUCGCCCCAGCCCAUGCUCAACGUCGGCGUCUGGGGCCCCGCGCCGUCCAGCAAGAUCGACCGCUUCGUCCGCCAGAACCGCGACCUCGAGGCCCGCCUGGCCGAGCUCGGCGGCCGCAAGGUCCUCUACUCCCACGCCUACUACACCGAGAAGGAGUUCUGGGACAUCUACGGCAAGGACUGGUACACGAGGCUGCGCGAGCGCUACGGCGCCACCAGCCUGCCGACCGUCUACGACAAGGUCACGGUCGACGUGGCCAGGGAACGGGAGAGGAAGUCCCUCAGGGAUAAGGUCGCCGUGGCGUGGCCCUUUGCGGGCCUCGUCGGGGUCUGGUCCGCCAUCCGGAAAUGA